AGUCCCUUGCAGCCUGCGGUGAGCUGGCAUGGGACAAGCUGUACCCCUCAGCCAGCCGGGCUGGCGCUGCCCAGGGCACUGGCAGCGCUGAGCCCCACUGCACCCUGGGCUUUGUGGGGUGGCUGGCAGGGUGCACCCUGGCUGCAGGCAGAGCCAGGCGCAGGAUGGGAUGGGGCUCGGCUCCUGUGCCCCAGCUUCUCCAGCAGCACUGGGGCAGCUGCCUGCGCCCUGUGGGGCUGCCCAGUGCCCCCACAGCGACUGUGCCGUAUGGUGGCACAGGGCGGUUUGCCAGGGGGCAGAGUCUGGUUCUGCUCUCUGUGAACCUCAGCUGGUGUCGGCACCAGCAUCUGCGGCCAGAUCCCUCCCUGCAUUCUUGUAGCUGCAAAAUCCCGGAAACUCUUGGCACGCUGGCUUCCUGUGGGGGCUUGGCUGGCUCCCCGGGAGCCUCUGCCAGGCCGGCUGGGAGCCAGGUGGGGAUUUUUGUGCUCUUCCUGCUGGGAAAGGUGCUGGCUGCAUAUGGCAGGGUCAGGAGGUCUGGAGCACACGGGGCCACACCAGGGUGAGGGAGGUGGCAAUAAAAGGGAUGAGGAGGGAGCUCUGCGCAGCAGCAACCUGCAGAAGGAGGCUGCCGGGAGGAGAGCGAGCUAUGAGCAUGGGACCUGCCGUGCUGCUGAUUGCCGGCCUGGCCUGGACCGUGCUGGGAACUGCAACGGGCAGCGGUACCUUCCAGGGCAAGGAGUGGAGCUGCGCAAAGCCUGCAGAGAUCAAGCAUGGCUACGUGGAGCACCUGAUCAAGUACCGCUGCGACCCGUACUACCAGCUGCGUGGCUCUGGUGAUGGCACGUACAAGUGUGGCGAGGAUCAUGUGUGGGUGAGCCUUGAAGGUUCACAGGCACAGGAGGUGCCUGUCUGCGAGCCAGUGUGUGGGAAGCCGAAGAACCCCCCCCAGCAGAUGCAGCGCAUCAUCGGGGGCCUGCUGGCUCGCAAGGGCAGCUUCCCUUGGCAGGGCCGGCUGGUGACCCGCCACAACCUCACCGUGGGGGCCACGCUCAUCGGCGACCAGUGGCUGCUGACCACAGGCAGGAACGUCUACCUGAACCACACUGAGAAUGCCAAGCCAGAGGAGAUAGCCCCUACGCUGCAGCUCUUCCUGGGCAGCCAGAAGCAGAACCAGCCUGCCUUGGACGUGGAGCGUGUGGUGCUGCACCCUGCCUACCCCGAGGCGGUGGAUCUGGCCCUGCUGAAGCUCAAGCAGAAGGUGCCCCUCGGAGAGGAGGUGAUGCCCAUCUGCCUGCCCCAGAAAGACUACGUGCACCCAGGGCGGGUGGGCUACGUCUCGGGCUGGGGCCGCGACUCCGCCUUUGCCUUUCCCGACAUGCUGAAGUACGUGAUGCUGCCGGUGGCGGAGGGCGAGAGCUGCAGGCAGUACUACGAGGCACGGAACGCAUCCUACUGGGUGCAGCCCACCCUCGGCAACGACACCUUCUGCGUGGGCAUAAGCGAGCUGCGGGAGGACACAUGCUAUGGGGACGCCGGCGGCGCCUUCGCCGUACGCGACCCCGAUGAUGACACCUGGUAUGCAGCCGGCAUCCUCAGCUACGACAAGACCUGCACGGCCUCCAAGUAUGGCGUGUAUGUGGACGUGCAGCGCGUCCUGGCCUGGGUCAAGGAGACGGUGGCAUCCAGCUGAGGCCCGGGGGAAUAAAACUGCCCUGCACCCUG